CGAUGUACCUGGAGAUCACAAGUAGAAAUGGCGGACUUCAUUGUAUAAAAAUUGACAGCAUCCCUGACGUGUCUUUUAAAUAAAUAUUUGAAAUCGAAAUACUUAAAUAUCUUGCUAUAUUCCUAGACUACAAGAUGGUUAAGUUAUAUUCUCUUUCUGUACUUCUAAAAGAAGCAAAAGUAAAAACACUUACGUCUGCUUACGAUCUACAGUCGUUCGGGUUUUUUCAAAGGUCCAGGUUCGUAAACAUUGCAUUUUAUGUCUUUUUAUUUUAGAGUAUUUUACCAAAUAAUUAUAGCAAUAUAAUAAAACUAUUAUUUGAUAUUAAAUGCUAAGACUUCAUUAAAAAAAGUAUGAAAUGUUUUAUUGACAUGAGGAAGUUUUUGUAUAGGAAGAUGUUAUUUCACUUAUUUGUAUCAAUUGUAUGCGGAAACCAACGAGUUGUUGAGCUUUUGCUAAUUGUCCGUGAAUUAAUUUGAUUGGUUCAUUAAUCAUUAACAUGGCCAGCAGUUGUCUCGCACAAUAAAACUGGAACCUUACCCCGACCCACUCCCAACCCUAGGCCACCUGUUUGCAGGUCACAAAAUCUUCAAGGAAUACAUGCUUCUGGAAAGAAUGUCACCUUGGCUAUAGAGCCUUGUUUUUGUGAAGGAGACAUAUGGCCUUUACCGAAUAUGUCAGAUACACGAAAACGAGUCUAUAGCCAGAGUGACGUACUUUCCGGAAGGGUGUGUUUCCUUGGGGACUCAAUCCUUGCAGUUUGCACAUGUAUACGAGGCAAGUGCCCUACCACUACACUACCCAAGACUUGCUUGAAAAUUAAAGAAAUUUACUUGAUGUCUUUUUGGCAUGUUCAUAGAACAAAGAGAAUAGUGCAUUUGUACUUGCAAGCUUUCUUUGCUCCAGGAAAUUGUGCACUCAAAUACAUGGUGGGGUGGGGGUAAUGCUAGAAUUGACUGAUGCACAAAGGCUAUGUCCACAAGUUGCCAUGCAAAAUGUCAAAUUGAUGUUUUGGGUAUCAAAGCCAGGUGAGUUUGUAACAAAAAGGUCAAUUUGACGUUUUGUGUGGAAAUAUAGAUGUGACCCCUAACUUUAAGUAAAUUCAGGUCUUGGUAAGUGUAUAUUGUGGAUGAAUUUACUAUUACAUGAGGCAUUGGCAUCUUCUUUGAUGUAAAUUGUCUUUGCACAGUGUGAAGGAGUUUAUGGACUUUACUGGAAAAAUUAUUGUGGAACGGACAAGAACAAAAGAAAGGGCUUCAGUGAAAGAACAAGGUACUAGUUGCCUUCAAAAAUUUAACUAUCUCCAGAUCAGUGAUGGACACUUUGCAAAUGUUUCGGGUUGCAAAUAAAGGUUGCCAAUAUUUAACUCAGGACUAUGAUGCUUGUGAUGUUACUCUGAGUGUAUAUCCACACCGGGCAAGCUUGAAAAAUAUGCCUGGCCAUGGUAGGAAUCGAACCUCUGACCUUUGGAAUACUAGCCCAAUGCUCUGCCAACUGAGCUACACCGUCAGGUCGGUUCGAGUAUGUGAUAUUUCAGAACUGAGUCUAGUUCCUUCGAUAUCGAUGUAAUCUGGUAAUCUUGAAUUUUUUUCUGUGUUGGUGUAAUGUACUCGGGUGAAUACGAUGCUUGUGAUGUUACUCAGUUCCGAAAUAUCACAUACUCGAACCGACCUGCCAGUGUAGCUCAGUUGGCAGAGCAUUGGGCUAGUAUUCCAAAGGUGAUUCCCACCAUGGCCAGGCAUAUUUUUCAAGCUUGCCCGGUGUGGAUAUACACUCAGAGUAACAUCACAGGCAUCAUAUUCACCUGAGUACAUUACACCAACACAGAAAAAAAAAUCCAUUUAACUCCUAUGUUCUAUAUGGCUCACCGGUGGAAGGGUUAUUUUGGGAUUAUCCCAGCCCAUCCUCUUUUCAGUGUCAUGAAUCUGCAGCUAGAAACAAACUCAUGUUCUCAGACGUGAAAGGCACUUUGCUCUGAAAACUGCACCACCAAAGCUGCAUGCACAAUCAAAUUGUUGCCAAUUGAUUUUGCCAAUUCUCAUGAUUUAUGGAAUUUUCAAUUGUAUCUCUGAUUAUAGUGUCUAAUUUUCAGGUCAACCAAAGAGUAAUUGAGGGCAUGAUAAAUUGAGGACAUGAUAAAUACAAAUAUUAAUAGCUGGAUUAACUUGUUAAAGUAGUAGUUGUGUCUUUUCAGAAUAUGUCUGCCAUGUUUAUGUUCGGGACAACAAUUUGUCAGGCGUACUAAUAUCAGAUACGGAGUAUCCACCAAGAGUGGCGUUUACAUUGCUAGGAAAAGUUAGUGGAUUAUAAUCAAUUUAUCAUUAUGAUAUAUAUUUUAUUUAUUGUUGUAGGCAGUCAUUCAUGUCAAACUUCAUCUAGUUAGUCCAUUAACCUGCAAAGAACCUUUUUCUUUGUAUAAUUUCACAUGUGAAAAUAAUUUGUAUGAACCUUUCUUGUGUGAAAGAAUGUAUGAAACUCAAAUUUCACAUGUGAAAACUUCAUAUGAAAUGAGCAUUAUCACAUGUGAAAUAUUUUAAUACAUGUGAAAAUAGUAUGUGAAAUUUUAUAAAGUAAUGGUAAAUAGAUUUUACCAAAUAGAUCAUUUUUAAAAAUUGCCAAAGGCAAGAAGCAAAACUUUUUUAAAAUCUAUUGUUUAUUUAUACUAAGCCCAGCUGACCCCACUUGCUUGUUAAUUAAACAAAAGCUCAAAAGUAAAUAAAAAGUGAUAUAUAAUCAAGUCAACAUAUCAAAUAUCUAUAACAUUGAAAUGACUUCUGCCACAUUUGUACAAAGUUUUAAUAACUUUUUAAAUUUUUCGAAAAGUAAAUACUUUCAUUAAUAUUUCUGUUCAUAUUCUUUGUGUUGUAAAAUUGGUGUUUAAAUUGUGUAAUGAUGUGCUAUUUUUUAAUAGGUUUUAGAUGAUUUUCUUCAAGAAUAUCCAGUGCAUAAACUGUCUAGCUUGGAAGAAAAGUAAUUAAUCAAUUAACUAACUACAAUUGUAGUUGGGAUGUUUUAUUGCAUUCUAAUUGUGUUAAUUAAUAAAGCUUAAUAAAUGUUGUAAUUUUCUAAUAUUCUCUACAUAAUUUAAUUUUUGGUUUGUAAUAUGUUCAUUUUUCUUUUCAAAGGGAUAUCGUAUUUCCAAAAUGUGCUGAAUACUUAGAAAAAUAUCAAGUAAGAAUAAAAAAGAAUGAGUAAAAUUGAGAAUUUUUAAAAGGGCGAUUUUUGCUGCAACUUGCAACGCGAUUUCGGGUAGAAAGCCCAUUAAUCUGUGACCACGGAUAAUAAAAUAAAUUUUACAAUCCAUGCUGUGACAAAGCCACGCUAUUGAAAAGUAAUGCAGAGAAAUGCGAGCAUGUCCCACAUUCUACUUUCUUCAUCACAUACCCUUAAGAGAUGAAAAAUGAAAGAAUUAUGAUGACAAAUGUCGGCAGAAUAAACCAGAAUUUCCCUGGUAUUACCUUUUAGGUAAUACACAGAGUAACACGGUUCCAUGUCAGAAAUCGCGUUGGAAGUUGCAGCCAUUGGACGACUUGCGCUUUAGAAAAAUUUUUAAUCUGGGAAUAACAAAGGAUAUUUUCGGAAAGAAGUUAUCAAAAUUAGAAAAAACUGCAAAGUUUGGUUGCGAAAUGUUGUAAAAUACGGAAAAUAUAGCCCUGCGAAGUAGGCAAAUUUGUAUACAUUUCUAUUACGUGCAGAAAUUGGUAACUAAUUUAGUUACCAAUUCACGCACGUAAUACAAAAGUAUACAAAUUUGCCAACUUUGAAGGGCUAAUUUUCCGUAUUUUACAACAUUUCGCAACCAAGCUUUGUAAUAUUACUAAUUCCAAGACGCUCUUUCUAGCUGUAGUGAUAUAUUUCGUUGUUCCUUCUUAGAUUAAAAUAUAGUCUAAAGCGCAAGUUGUCCAAUUAUAAAAACCUAGAAAGAACUUAAAAUUCGUCUUGUUUUUUACUUUCAUAAGAAUCCUGCCCAGGCUGAUCCAAUGAUGAAAGUUCAAGCAGAACUGGAUGAGACGAAAAUAGUUUUGGUAAAAACUUGGUUUACUUUUGGAGACCAAUUUGGUUCACGACACUCUUACUGUACAUUUAUAUGUAUUUGGAGGGUAUAUGAAUGCCUAUAUUUGCCCAUAUUAGCUAUGUACAAAUAACUUACAGCAAAGUUAAUGAAGUGAAUGAAGAUUGAAAUUACCUAAGUCACUUUUCCCUCACCGGAGACUUCCUAUAAACUCGGGCCUCUGUGAAAGAGAGAGCUAACAUAACUGAACUAUUACUGUAAUGGCUGAAAAACGACAAAAUAUCUUUAUACUGGGCCUAAAAAAAUACCUGUGGUUCCGGUUCCCGACCGACCCUAUUUUUUUCUGCCGACCCUAUUAUUUUUUCAACGCGAUUGACCGUGCGACCCUAUUUUCUCCGGGUGGUUGCGGGCUGCUUAUACAGCGUGCCAAAAUGGCGUCUGUUGUCACACUAUAAAUUAUUUAACCAAAUUGCCUAAAUUCGUCCAUAGGAAAUACGUACCUCUAGUUAAUAUUGAUAUUGAAACUCUACUGCAAAUCGCCAAGCAAAAAGCCGCCAAAACUAUGAAAAAAAUUUUUAAAAAAAAUCUAUUUCCGACCUUUUUUCACGAUAUGAAACCGGAACCACAGGUUUUUUUAGGCCUUGGCAACUAAGUGAAUACUAAUAUUUGCUCGUAUAUGAUUGACAGAAUACAUUUAAAUGACAGCCGAAAAUAAACGUUAAUAUUAGCUGGCAUCCAUGACCCUUUCAUUUAAGACCGACUAUAAGCAUUCAUUUGAUUGUUUUAUUCAACAGCACAACACAAUCGAAAGUGUGUUAGAAAGAGGAGAAAAACUUGAUGAUCUAGUGGACAAGUCAAGAGAACUAACAUUACAGUCUAAAACAUUCUACAGCACGGUAAGAUUUUCUUCAUGAGGAUGUUAAUAUCUCUCUUAUGUGUACUCUAGUUUGAAUAUAGAUUUUCAUUGAAAAGCAUCUUGGGAUGAAUGAAUUCCCUCAAUAAAAUAUUAUUAUCAUAUUAUCAUAAUAUGGUUUUCAGAAUAAGUUGCAUUGGCGUUGCAAAUGCCCACGAUUUAGUUCCAUGUAGUGAGAAUUUGAUAUCUUUUAUUCCAGUGGAUAUUAACUUGCGAUGGUCAUUGUGCGCCACGUACCAAUUACAGCCCGUAGGCUACAGACUAGAAUAGGGUAUGCUGGAUCCUGAUACCGGUACAACACAGAUAUCCGGUAAAUUUUACCCAGGAUACUAAAAUUUGGUUUUGGAUACCAAAUUGUGAAUGACUUAUAUCCCGACUGGAUACCAAGAAAAUUUUAAAAAUUAGGAAAAUGUUAAGCACCUCUGACAGUCUCCUGAUAGCUUUUACUAUGAGUUUGCCUUGAAUACUAUGAGUUUGCCUUGAAUAUCCUGUUGUUAUUGUAAUUGUAAUUUGUAACAGUGAGAGGUAUUGGAUGGGACAUGGUAUCACACUUAUGGUGUACAGAAUAUAGAUGUGGCCGGGAUACUGAAUUCUCAGGGGGAUACUAAACUUUGAAUCGUGGUUUCCCAGUUGGAUAUUGAGAAAACAUUCAAAUUUCAGACCCUGUUUACCGUAUAGUAUGUGCCACAAAUAAAUAUGUUAAUUAUAUAAAGAGAUAGAGCACAUGCACAAACAAUGGGGCAUACUAUGGGAGUAACACCGUUCGCUUAAUGUUUCCAGUUAUUGUCUGACUGGUAUCUGGUUAUCAUUUUCCCCUGACCGGUAUCUGGUAGACUAUUGUCCGUACCAUCCGGUUUAUGCGGCAAAACAGUAUCCGGCAAAACAAUAUCCGGCACAUCCCUACUACAAAUUUGUUUUCUAGGUUUGAUGUAAUUAUUUUAUUUUUCUGUCGUAAGUAAUCCAUAAACAAACCUCUUUCGCAUGUUUGUGAAGUGCGCCUGGAUUGCAAAAGUCAUAAUGAUACUAUUUCAACUGUUUUAGGCAAAAAAGACGAAUUCGUGUUGUGUGAUUCUAUAAGCUACAAAGGUAUUCGCAGUAGAAACAGGCACGAGAACAUGAUGGGAAUAUACAUGGGAAAUCCGGUUAUCACGUGUUCAACUAGACAUUUACGAACUUGUGUUGACGUGUUAAGGCCGUUUUCCGCUAGGCGGAAUUUCUCUUUGUCUUGUGAAGACAAAGACAAAGAGAAAUUCCGCUCCGCGCCGAAAAUUCUGCCUACUAAUGGACUUUAGAUAAUUUGCACGAAAUCAGAACUCAAAAGCAGCCUUGUGCCCAGGCUCCAUGGUUUGCUACGCCGCUGCGUGGCCGGCGCGUGAAACGCAAAACGUUUGGGAAUGUAACACCGCGCGUGUGUGACGCAGCAAACCAAAGCGCCUGGGUCCGAACAAAUACAAAAGCGUGUUUUCAAUAAUAGAUGAAUGUCAUAUUUGUAAUUUUAUGGAAAAAAUUGCAAUGAAAUUAUGCAGUAGUAUAUAUAUAGACUGUAACUUAAUUCAUGGGGCAACAGAAUAUUAAUGUGCAUUAAAAAAACUGUACAUAUAUUAUAGUUAUUAUAAUAAUGUUCAAGUAAUGUCAUGGUGUUUGAAUUUAACAGGAGAUCGAAAUGGAGAUUACAGAUUCAUUACACUAUGAAUUUGGUUUAAUAUUAUUAUAUAUGGAAAACGGUGUAGAGUUAUUUGCGAUCCACAUUGUUCUCCGAAGUGUCAAUCUCCCCCCCCCCCCCCCCCCCCGGUGACCUCAGGUAGAAAUCGAUUGGCAGCUUCAGAGAUAGACUUAUUUUAUCUUUGUAACUUACUGUAUUUACUUGUAUCAAAAUAUGUCAACACAAACGCUCACUGAGAUGAUAUAUCAAUUCACCAGAAUGCGCGUUGGAAACUACUGCAAGUUUUCUUGCAUUUCUUUUCCGUAUAUCCCAGGGCUAUAAAGGUCGCGCGCAGGGGAGGAGACUAGGGAGUUCAAGAUCUUGACGACGAACUACCGACUACGUUUGAAAUAGUUUUUGUUGUAUGUAUGCAAAUACUAAAUGCUUGUCAUAACAAAUUUAUCCCAAAUAUGUUUUAUGUGCAUGACUUUGUGUUCGGUAAGUUUCAUCUUUUAAUUUUCACAUCAUUUCUUUGUAAAAAUACUCUCCAACCUGCAACGUUGCGUAGUCAGUUUCGGUGCUAUGUUCUUGAUUCUGUUUUAAGGUAGCUACGGUGAAAAGUAUGCUCUGGGGAUAUGUAAAUUUUGUCUGCCUCAGUUAAAGCAAUGCGAAAACAAGUUUUCAACCGUUUUCCGUACCCGUUGUUGUCGGCAUCUUAAACUCCCUACUGAGAUCGCUACCGCAGACUAAAAAAUGACGAAACUUAAUAUUUACACUGUCUUCCGGAAGGUGAAACUAGAUGCAUAACUACGUCCCGUAUGUAACGGACCAUAGCGCCACGCAGUUACAAACGAUGUUAAAUAAACUUAUCUGUAGAGUAUCAUGUGUUUUCAGUUUCUUCUGUCGAAUCCUUGUCACUCGAAGCACUGUUGGUUUGCUCUGACUCGGGACCUGGCAGAACGAAAUUGCAAACACCUUCUGAAAUAGUUAUCGCAUGCAUAUACUUUAUCCC